GUAAAAUGUCAAAUGUGAUUUGUGAAUUGUACAUCUCUUUGACAGAUCGACUAUAAAUUGAAAAAAAUAACUGUUUGAUAAAAAAGUACAUGAAAGCAAUCGUUAAUAAUUGCUUGUUACUUUUAUAACGUUAUUCCAAUUCAAAUUAAUGUCGAAAAUAAAAUAUUAGCGAUCUGCUUAAAAGAUAAUCUAGUAAACAAAAUAAUAUGAUGUUACUUCGGACGCUCCUUGGGGGUCUAGUGUCAACUGUGUAAAAAUUUUAUUCUGUUGUGUGGAUUUCCUAAAAUGUAUACAAUAAUAAAAUCAAGUGAUUUUAACCGAUCGUGGUUAUAAUAUUAAUAUAAUGAGUGACAAGAUCAACAGAGAAUACUUCGCCCCAGGCGCCGCAGCCUUCAAUUAUAAUGUGACGGGCGGUGCAGACAGCGCGAGCGGCGGCUCCGGCGGCUCGGGAAUGGAGUGCCUCCAGCUGCGCUCCCCCCCGCACCCCUCCUUCCACUACCUCAUCUCGGAGCAGGCUAAGUCCCUCGUCGCGCUACAGGAACUCCAGAAUGAGGUCGGCGCUCUGCUCGAGUUCCGCGACCUCGUCAUCGAGACAUUCCCGAACUUGCGCUCGAAGAUGGCCCCCUCGACGCCGGCGGUGGCCCGGCGCGACUGGGAGCCCGGCGUGCGCGUGCGCCGCAAGCUCGCCGGCGGCGGCGGCGACGCGGCGCGCGCCAAGCCGCAGCCCUCCGUGCAGGACUCCGGCUUCAGCACCGAGACCUCCUGCGGCAAGGACGCGCACUCCUCCGCCUCCGCGUCCGCGCCGGCCCCCCGCCCGCGCCCGCUCGAGGACGAGCUGUGGGCGCUGCUCGACGUCAUCCAGCGCAAGGGCGGCCGGCUGCGCGACGAGGCGGAGCUGCUGCGCGGCGAGCUGGACGAGCGGCAGCCCGACACGGCCGAGGAGUCGUUCGUGCGGCAGCUGGCGGGCGGCUGCGCGGGCUGCGGGGCUUGCGCGGACGUGGCGCGGCUGCGCGGCGAGCGCGACGCGCUGCUGGCGCGAGCUGCGCAGCUGGAGGCGCAGGCGGCCAGCCCGCGCGCGCCGCUGGGCCGCCUGGACGCGCCGCUGCGCACGCCGCGCCGCCCGCCCGCCGUCGCGAGCCCCGACAGCGACAAGUUCGCGGCGAUUCUCCAAGAGAGCAAUCCCGUCGAACUGCAACGGCAGCUCCUCGUCUCCAUCGUACAAAAUCAGGUGUACAGUGAACAGUUGAAGCAAGCAACGGAACAACGUACUCUACUCUUGGAUAAACUUAAACGUGUGAGAGAGGACAACGAAGAUUUGAAGUUUAGGCUGGAAGAGAAGACUCAAAAUCAAAGUUUAAAAACAACAACCGCUACAUUUCAGCUGGAAGAGAAGACGACAGAGCUGGAGACGCAGCGGUCGCGGGGUGCGGGCGGGGCGGGGUCGGGCGGGGGGCGCGCGGGGUCGGGCGGGGGGCGCGCGGGGUCGGGCGGCGGGCGCGCGGGGGGCGGGGCCGGGGACAGCCCCUCGCGGCACAGCAUGCGCGACCUGGAGACGCUGCAGCUGCCCAGCGACGAGCCGCGCCGGCGCCCCAGCCGCAUCCCGCGCCACACGCCGCACAAGGGCGCGGCGCCCCGGCCGCCGCCCGCCGUGCCCCCGCGCCCGCCGUCGGCCGGCUCCGUGCGCUCCGUGCGCUCGGCGCGGCGCCCCGACAAGCCGCCGGCGCCCCGCCUGGCGCCAGACAAGAACCAAGAGGCUCACGUCGAGGUGAGCUCGGAGGCGGACUCGCUGAACAUGGACCCCCGGCAGCUGGAGGCGGGCGCUGCGCUGGUGGCGGAGUACCUGACCCGCGCCGCCCGCCUCGCGCCGCUCUACCCCGCGCUGCGCACAGCCCGCACAGCUCGCACAGCUCGCACCCGCCCGCUGCCCGCCGACCUGCUCGCGUACGAGACGCCGCACAACUUGGCUCUCGAACUCUCCAAAUCGAUCCUCUACGAGAACUCGGCCUCGAUCGACCUGAAGACGCUCAAGUCGCUCGACUCCCACGACGACGCGUCCCUGUGGGAGGGCAAACCGCAGCAGUACUUCGAGAGCAUGAACGAGGGCCUCGGCACUGAGGAGUUCGACGACGACUCGCUCGCUUCGUAACUCGGCGUCCCGCUUCGCUCGCGGCUUCUGCUCGAUUUUUUAACUUCAAAUCGAUAGAACGCCGCGGCGCUGACAAGAAUGUUAAUGGAACUCCGCUUUUGUUAUUCACAUUUGCAUUUGCGGCGCGGUGUGCGCGCUCGUACAAAAUUGGGAAUGUCUCGUUUCGAAUUUCACCAAUUUACCCUAGGUUAGGUUAUUUAAUUAUGUAAUGUGCUCCGGUGUAAUGUCGAUGCGUUAGUGAAAUGUGUUCUCUGUAUAAUAUAAUAAUAUCUGUGAUAAUUUCACAUUUAUAUUGUUUCCUUAUGAAUUAUGUGUGAGGAAUUGUAAUAAAUUUGUAAAUCUUAAUUUUAAAUUAUAUAUUAUGCUAAAAUAAUGAAAUUAAUUAAUCAUUAUAAUGUUUCGAGUCCCUACUGCAGAGUCCUGUUUCGUAAGCGUUAAAAAUGUUUAAUAUAUGUUUUCAAGUUAUAUGCUCAUAAUGUAAAAUUUACUGUUUAUAAUAUUAUAAUAAAAUGUAUCGGCGGCGAGUUUGUAGAAAAUGGUAGCUAUUACAAAGCGGUCAUUCCUAAGCCUUCGGCUCGACUGUACUAUAGGUAAAAUAUAUUGAGUGAAUGUUAAACGACUUCAGUAAGGCUGUGAAAUAGUGUGGAUGCGAUUAUCGCUGAAAAGAUCGAAUAAAUAAUGUAUGUAAUGUAAUUAAUAGGAAUAAAAUUUGAAUUCGUCGAAGCUGUGACAUAAAGCGAUUCCUAGUUAUUUUAAAAUAUCUUUUAGGCUUUAUAGUACUAAACUGAAUGUCGCAGUAAUACGAUGAAUUACGGUGUAUAUUGGGAAUCGGUCGUAGUUUAUUUACAUAGCGGCUAUAGUUGUUACUGUCAAACGUCCAGUGUCCAACGUCCUAUGCGAUUCGCACGACUGCCCGGUAGGUUAUGUGCUCUAGUUGCCUAUAUACAUUAUCUAUAUACGCUCGGUUACAAAUAGUAGGAGACUGAUUUUGAUAAAGGCAUAGUGAUAUAUGUUUAUCAAUUUAUUCUUAUUAUUUAGAUUUACCUUAUUAUUUUCUUAUUAUAAUUAUUUCCUAUUGUAUAAAUUUAUUGCCUGUUCGGGUUUAGUAAGAUUAACUCCUAGUUGUUAUUGAUAAUAUUCCAAUUUCUAUCUGCGACUGUAUUUUAUGUAAAAUAAGAUUUAAAUGUAGCGAAUUAAACUAUUAAGUUAGCAUAUUGUACAGCCUCAUUCAUGCUAUGGUAAUUCUGUAAAUUAUUUAGCACUAUCUAAUGUUAAGAUAGUCAUUAAAUGUCUAGUUGACUUGAAUCUAGUUGGACUUGUGUAAAGUUGUACAGAAAUCAUAUCAUUACCUAUAUACAAAUUACUUAAAUAAAUUGUUCAUAUCAAA